AUGAAACUAACUUCCGGUAGUACUGUACUUCAGAAUGCCUUAGCAAAUGUGCUGAUUCAGGUGAUCACUUUGAUUGGGUUGUCAUGUCUUCUGCUCACUACGGCGUGCGGUAUCGGCUCCAUAUCACGAUUCUAUGCAGCAGAACUCGUUCCUAGGAAUCUGCUCGUCUCAUCGGUUUCGAUCCUCACAGUUUGCGAAGCAGUCACGAAGAUCGCCGUUGAAUUCGCAUUCUUUCCGGUUGCAAACAUUAUUGGCGCACAGUCGUUGCUCAUGUUUCUUAUUCCUACCGCUGUAUUUGUGGUUAUUAUGUGGGCUUUCUGUCCUGAGACGAGCCGAAGAACCGUUAGUGAUGUCGGUGUCACCUUACAGAAAUAA